GCGGGCCGCUGCAAAGGCCCCCGGCGAGGCGGCUAGCUCGUUCGGUCGCUCGUCGCCUGUCCGCCGCUGCCGCGGCACCCUGAAGCAGCAUGUCGCGCUACGUCCACGUGCUGCUCACGUUCGCCGUCGUCAUUGCUGCAGGAGACUCGAAUCAUCCAAGCUUGAGAGGGGAAUCUUUGAAAUGCCACACAGAGGGGCAAGUGAUGAACAUCCCCCGGAUCUCGGACGUCCCUUGUAUCACCUGCGUGUGCCAACACAGCGUUGUCGUCUGUCGGCACGAGACUUGCCCGUUGCAAAGAGGCUGCUAUUUCCUGCAGCCAGCGGAAGGGAACAAGUGCUGCGAUGUCUGCAAAAAAUGCGUCUAUGGUGGGAAAGUCUACAACAGUUCCUCCGAAUGGACUGACGAUGAGGAUCCAUGUCAACGGUUUACCUGCCAAUCUGGUGUCGUCACGGAGUCAAAGACGUACUGCCACGUAAACUGCAAGAAUCCCUUGCCGCCUGCAAAAGGGAAGUGCUGUCCGUCAUGCGAAGGCUGCGUUCUUGGUAGCAAGGAGUACGUUGAAGGUGCAGUCGUUCCUUCCGGCGAACAAGAUCCUUGCGUCGUCUGCAUGUGCAAGGAUGGAGGUGUUACUUGCACCAAGAAGUCGUGUCCUGUGCUCCCAUGUCCCCACAGUGCGUGGGUGCACACCCCAAGUAGCUGCUGCCCUGAAUGUCGGAGCACUAGAAGGCUAGAGGACCGAUACGGAAGAUGCAGCAUUGGGAUGCAAUACUACGAUCACGCAUCCACCUGGCUUUAUGACCACUGUACUAUGUGUGAAUGUCAGAACGGAACCACUUUCUGCAAGAGAACCGUAUGCCCACCUUUAAUGUGCCCACCAGAACAUCAAGUGUCCGUCCCAGGGAGCUGCUGCCCGGAAUGCCGAAAGCCAGAAGAGAAAAGGGCCGUGUGCAACUAUAAAAAUACUGUGUACAGCAACGGUGACAUAUGGAAGCUCAACAAAUGUACUAAAUGCUCCUGCCAUCAUGGAGUGGUGCGCUGCAGGGUUGAAGAAUGUGUUUCAACACCUGUGUGUCCGGGGGGAAAAGGGCCCCGAAAGAAACUGGUCACGCAACCCGGCAAGUGCUGUCCAACAUGUGUCGAAGAAGAUGGAGUCUGCACUGUGUUUGGCGAUCCACACUACAGGACAUUUGAUGGCAAGAUAUUCAGUUACCAGGGCCUAUGCCGUUAUGUCUUGACAUCAGAUUGCGUGGGAAGUACCUUCAGCAUCGAGGUGUGGAACGAUCCUCGCUACUCCAAGUCAUUCGCCUGGACCAAAUCAGUUCUGAUUGAAGUAAAUGACAUCAAGAUAAAGCUGGGACAGUUCCUCAGAGUUCGCAUCAACAAGAAGCGGGUAAAACUGCCCUAUGUGAAGCUUGGAAUACUGAACAUUGUUCAAGAGGGCAACAACAUCGUUGUCAGGAUUAAUAAAGGUAUUAAAGUGCUGUGGAAUGGCGACAACUAUGUUGAAGUUUCUGUUCCACCAAGCUAUAAGAACAAGUUGUGCGGAUUGUGUGGAAACUAUAAUGAUAGACCAGACGACGACUUCAUGUCUUUAAAUGGGACACAAAUCUCUGAACCUAAUGCCUUCGGAAAUUCAUGGCUGGUCGGACGUCGCAAGAGAUGCCUGAGGCCUAGUAAUCGAGUUACUCAUCCGCUUGACUGUCGAUUAAAAGACUGGAGCCUGCGCAUGAAAAAUCUUGAGCUGUGCAACCACAUCAAGUCAAAUGUCUUCGCAGCGUGCCAUAAAGCUGUAGAUGCAACGCCAUAUUUCAGAUCCUGUAUGCUGGAUAUGUGUGAGUGCUUGCCAUCUGAUAAAUGCUACUGUGAUUCACUAAAUGCAUAUGCAAGGCAGUGUGACAGAGAAGGAGUAAACAUCAACUGGAAGAAUUCCACAAAUUGUGCAGGAAUGCACUGCCCGCGUGGUUCAUACUACACAGAAUGUGGAUACCCCUGCAGAAAAACCUGCAAAAACUACCACAGAAAAAGACCCUGCCGCCGGAAGUGCCAGCCCGGAUGUCAGUGUAACCCAGGCCGAAUUUGGCAUCGAGAUCGCUGCAUCCUGCCAAAUGAAUGCCCACUUUCCUGACUGGAGGCAGGCCACUCUUGCUCAACCGAGUCCACUUCCAGCUGGUCUGAGCGGACGCUAUGAGCUGGUCACACACAGUUGUGCUACUGUCAACCUUGCUCCUUGGUCCAAGUAGUCUUGUGUUUGUGAAAUAGCUAACUCUUCUUACAGCUCAAGAAAAGGUUCUUGAGAAGGAACUUGUUCUGAAACAAGUUCACAUGCAGAGUGACAUACAAAAGUGCCAGAAUGUGCACUGUCAACACAGUGCAAUCUCGCAAGACUGAAGGUGUUGAAUAGUCGGCUUUAUGGUUCCUAUGAGUUCUAAAGGAGUGCAUGCAGGGCAUUACUUUAAGCUUACUGACAUGAAGUACCACUGUUACCAUUGUAGUACCAACACAAUUCUACAAGUUAAUGUAUUUCCUCUUGGUACUUCCACACAACAUAUGUACUUAAUCUCUACAACCAUUGACGUUAUAGUUGGCCGCCAUUCAAAUAGGACGCAGGACAGAUGCAGCUGCCCUACUGAAACGUUUGUGACGUGAAAACGAUUCUUAGAUGGUAAUUUGAGCUUGGGGAGUGAGUUGUGUACAUUUUUAUUUGAUUAGACAUCACAUAGCAGUGCUCUAAAACCAUGAAAGCACAAAUGGUGAUCUUACUUUAACUAGUAAAUGCUAUCAUAAUGUAUGGGAGAACAAAUUUCUGGUGUCUGAAGCAGUACAGACAUAUGGUGCCUACCAGUAGCUUCCUCUACAGCUUCUGCCUGUUUGGCACUGCUUUGUCGCACUUUACCACUUAAUACAUGUGAUAUACACACACCUUACACGUGGCAUGAAUAUGCCAUUUGUGACAUAACUACGGUUGCAAUUGCGAAGAGAGGGCUCAACUUAUAACAAGUUAGGAGCCUGUUUAUACAUAUAUGAAGAGAGAUAUAUUUAUGUGUUUGUAAAAAUAUUCAAAUGUAUGUGGAGGACUAAUAAGUCAGCCAUAUUUCUAAGGUACUAAUGGUUCGUCUGCUAUACCAAAAGCAUUAUUAACCUAGUGCUGGACAUGAAUUGCUUCAUGUCAAGCUGGUUGUGUCGUUCCAAGCGCCAGGCUGGGAUGCAUACUGAUCAAGAAUACUCGUAAGGGAAAUUACAAUUUUCUGUUGCACUGAAGUAGAGUGGAGGAGUGAAGCAAAGAGGCAAAUAAUGCAAAGAGAUUAAGAAUGUGUGGGGUAGUGUGAUCCAUCAACAGGCUUACAGUCCCCUACCUAGCUACCACUUGCACACACAGAAACACCUCAGCAGAUGAUGUAAGGACCACUUGACAAGUUAAUGCACUCCACUGCUUACAGUGACUUACAUUUAGGGUGCUACUUUUUCCAUUUGCAUACUUUUGGGGGGUAUACAAAGUAGAUUCUGCUUUUCUUCUCUGACAUAAUUUGGCAUACUGUGCUCACUGCAAACUCAAUGUCCAGGAGUUGUAUAGAGCUUCCUUAACAAUAAGGUUUUGUAGGAGAGAUCAUUUCUUAGUGACUCGGGUUUUCAUUUGAUUCCUCUAAAUGCAUUUGCAUUCUUCAAUUAAGAGCAACAACAACAAGACUCAUGUAUAGCUACAGUGGAAGCCUAACUUCACUUUUGCUGAAUAGGAUUUAAUUCAAAAUGUGUGAGAUGUGUGGCACAUACUGUAUCGCACUGUAGAAAAUACAAAGCUGGGGUCCCAAUUAUGUCAGAAAUUUGUAUAAUCUUGAUUUUUCAAGACUUGCGACAAAGCCACUGCGUUCUGCGCUUAACUAAUCGUUCACUACACAUACAGAUCAUAUACAGAAUCAGAUACAAAAUAGUGCAAAAAUAACAAAUUCAGUCAUGUGCAUACACAUGAGCUAUGUCCCUACUUUCCUCCACGUGAUGCAAACACCUCCUGAACAUAUAAGUGCUUGGAUGUGGUGCUCAUCAGCACAAAUAGAUGCGUCUGGUGCUUUGCUCUUUUAUUUUCGCCAGAAGCAACACAAACGUUUCAGCUAUUCUAGUGCUCAGAGGAUGAGCAGCAAACUUCCCAAAUGUUGCACUCUACCACAAAGUCAUUGGAGAUAGCGGUUAUGAUAAGCCUAGCUGUAUGUACUAUAUGUUAUUUGCUAUACCAAGUUAGUCAAUGCGACUAUCCUUGCGUUUGCUGGCCAAGAGCGAGGGAGGCUCUGCCUCCUGGAUGCGGGCCAAUAGG